AUGCCCUCAGGAAAGACGCUCAAGCUCAUCCUGUAUGAGCUGCUGCAGUUCGCAGCGCUCAUCACACCUGUCUUUGUGAUCAUGGAGAGAUUCGCUCGCCUCAUGCGUGAUAUAAAAGGAGGGAACCUGACUUACUGGCUCGUCGUGGCGGCCUCCAUCGCCUACAUGACCUCUGUGACCCUGCUGGUGUGGGUCCCUCUCAAAUAUCUGAUGCUGAAGAAGCGGAGGUUCAUCACAGAGGUCACACAGUGGAGACCAACAGCGCUGGCAUAUCUCCUCCUGUCUACAUUGCCGUGCUUUGCUAUUUUAAUCGCCAGCUCCAAGGUGCAGUUGGACAACGGAAUGUGGGGCGAGCGUUUUGCUGAGUUGCCCGUUUCCUUGGUGCUUUUCUCCCUCAUCUGUGUGGAUAUCGUAGAGAGGAUUCGACCCUGCAGGCUCAGGGGCCAAUCAGACGGGCAGGAUACUGACUUUGACAUGUCAGGCCCUGUCCUCACCCACCUGAAUCAGGUGACCACCGUAUCAGGCCAGCUGCACCCUGAUGAAGGCCAGAAUGGUUUGACCGGAGGCCAACCAGUGGCCAGCAAUGGCAGCACCCCAGGCAGAUGGCAGGACAACACUGAGUCACCCAGGCGUCCACCGUUCAGCACUCAAGCACCCACCACUACCUACUUGUACUCCCCACCGUCACAUUCCUGGUCCUACUCAGGUCGUCUGGGCUCGCUGUGGCGGAGGGAUGGAAGGUCAGAGGUGUUUGUGGAUAGUUUCCUGUUCUGGUUAGACACUGUGGAGCUGGUGAGAGUGGCGGGAGAGCCAGCAGUCUUCUUCUCAGCCUGGGUAUUCCCAGUCUACAUCUUUGCCUUCCUGUCCACUCUCCGUAUGAUCAUCACCCCUCACAGUCCCUUGCUGGCCUCUGCUGGAGUUGCCCUGCAGGACUUUCCUUUCUUUGUUAUCCGGGUUGCUCUGAUUGUUGUGUUCGGUUCUGUAACACCUGUGUUGUUCCCACUUAAAAAUGCGCUAGUAUGCCUGACUUUUAUCUACUUUACAUUCCUGACCAAGCUGCGGAUUUUCAGAAGUCAGAGCAUGUUUUGAGGAGGAGUGACGCAUUCUGCUGUUGAUGAAAGAGCCACUUGGAUUGUGGAUGAUUGAACAGUUGGUAUUGAUGUGUGGAGAGCAGCACCAAAGAAACUUGGUGGUGCUACUGAAAAUGAGGAGCAGCAUGUUUUGAAUUUUA